AUUUAAUGUAAAGUUAAGAUAAAUUUGGCAAAUUGCCAUGAACUUCCGGUUUGAGAUAAAGACACACGCGGAUCUAUCGAGAAAAGAACGCGAAAUUUAUUAAAAAAUACCUGAUCCGGAAAAACAUACCAAGUAAUUUUACUCUUUCAUUAUCUAAAUAUGUCCAACAACGGUGCUCCGGAUUCUUGGGAAAAUCAAGCGGAUGUCAUAGGUGAACAAGGUGCAAAAGAUUCCAAUGAUGUGUCUACUAAAUUUUCCACAUUGAAUGUAAAUGCCGUGGAGUUCGUGCCUUCUUUUUGUAAGCCUUCUCAGGCAAGCGAUAAUUCGGAAUCUCCCAGUACACCACAAAAAUCCGAGAGUGGAUCCACUAAUUCCGCUGGGAGUCCCGUCUUAAACGGGUGUGGUGAUGGUGGUGGUGAAAGUGGAGAUAAUGGGGCGGCUUCAGCAUCUCCAAGAGUGGAAGAGCCACCGCCCGUACCACCGGCUGGCACUCCUGCCACCACUGCAUUGCCUGUCCCACCCGAUGUCUCUCCCACUGCAGACAGUUGGGAGGCCGAAGCUGAUGAUGCACUACUUACACCUGAAGACAACAACGAAGCUGACGAAGAAGAAAUCGAACAACAGGAGGAUGGCGAAACUACAAAGAAAAUACCUAAGAAGAAACCCGUUCGAGUUGAAGAUACCAGAAGCAAGAAAGAGCAUGUCAAUGUUGUAUUCAUUGGACACGUAGAUGCAGGAAAGUCUACAAUUGGAGGGCAAAUCAUGUCUUUGACUGGGAUGGUGGACAAAAGAACCCUUGAAAAAUAUGAAAGAGAAGCACGAGAAAAGUCAAGAGAAUCUUGGUACUUAUCCUGGGCACUGGAUACUAAUCAAGAAGAAAGGGACAAAGGCAAAACGGUUGAAGUUGGAAGAGCCUAUUUCGAAACAGAAAAGAAGCAUUUUACAAUCCUUGAUGCUCCAGGGCACAAGAGUUUUGUACCAAACAUGAUUGGAGGUGCAGCACAAGCAGACCUUGCUGUCUUGGUCAUAUCUGCACGUAAAGGAGAAUUCGAAACUGGUUUCGACAGAGGGGGUCAAACACGUGAACAUGCCAUGUUGGCUAAGACAGCUGGUGUCAAACACCUAGUGGCACUUGUUAACAAGAUGGAUGAUCCCACAGUGAACUGGGAUGAGAAAAGAUACAAUGAAUGUCGAGACAAAAUCAUGCCAUACCUUAAGAAAUUGGGCUUCAACACAGCUAAAGAUCUCUCAUUUCUUCCUGUAUCAGGCCAAACAGGACAAGGUUUAUUGGAAAGGGUAACGGAAGAGAUCUGCCCUUGGUACCGCGGCCCUUCCUUCAUCCAGCUCAUCGACGAGCUGCCGUCCCUGAACCGCAAAAUGGACGGGCCAUUCAUAAUGCCCGUUGUGGACAAGUAUAAAGAUAUGGGCACCGUGCUUAUGGGCAAGGUGGAGGCCGGCACCACGCGCAAGGGUAGCACCCUGUUCCUCAUGCCUAAUAGGGUUCAAGUAACCGUAGAUCAGCUAUGGUCUGAUGAUAUCGAAGUAACGUCCAUUGGCCCCGGCGAGAAUGUGAAGGUGAAGCUCAAAGGCAUCGAAGAAGAAGAUGUCUCCCCUGGCUUCGUGCUGUGCGAUACUGCCGAGCCUAUCACCACUGGGAGAGUAUUUGAUGCUCAAGUUGUCAUUUUGGAACACAAAUCGAUUAUUUGUGCGGGAUACUCGGCUGUUAUGCACAUACAUUGUGCUGCUGAAGAAGUUACAGUAAAGGCCCUAAUUUGUUUGGUCGACAAGAAGACUGGCGAAAAGUCAAAAACAAGACCACGUUUUGUGAAACAGGAUCAAGUAGCUAUAAUGAGGAUAGAGUGCGCAGGCAUCAUUUGUUUAGAACCCUUCAAAAAGUUUGCUCAAAUGGGCAGAUUCACUCUAAGAGACGAGAAUAAAACUAUUGCUAUCGGCAAGGUCCUAAAAGUGGUUGAGUAAAUGUGGCAGGCACUACGAUUGUAAUUUAGCUAGGAUAGGCCUUUCCAAAACCCUAUAUCAACAGAGAAUGCAUGUAAUAUGUAAUCCUGAUUUUGGGAUCUGUAUCACGUGAGAGCUCGAGUGUAAUGCUUCAAUUCCACUUGAAAAAAAAAACGCAAUUUAUUGAAUAGAACGGCUAGUCCUACGGGAACAUUUGAAUAAUUUAACAGCCACUGCCAUAAACUAACAAGAACGACACGGCGCUUUAAUAUUUGUAAAAAUGACGUCUUUUUUUGUCAUCUUAUUUACUUGGAGAUAUUACAUUCAUGGAUAUGCCAGCCCCGUUUUAUCUUCUAUCAAUGUAUCAAAAAUAAAUGAAAUUAUAUAAAAAGCUUCGUCUUGAAAUCUUUUCUUAAAAGGAAAAACUAACAUUUUACUGGCUGGCUCCGUCCCUCGCAGUGGCUGAUAAUGUUAUAGUUUAUUUAUUUAAUUUUAUACUUUCUUGUGUUUUACUGAAGUAUUAAAGCGUCGCAGUGGUUCCAAUCCGCAGACAUUGAUUUUGAAUAAUUAGCAACGGCAGUAUUUGCAACUCAUCAGCAUCUUUGUUUUUUUUUAGAUAACAUUGAAAUGAACAAUGUUGCCGAUUGUGAUGGAUAAGGCUCUCAUAUAAUUAUUUAUUGUUAGGGAGAUCAUUCGCUUAGCGCCAGUGUGUAGCGAAUUUAAUAUAUAAAUAUGGACGAUUCAUAUGAAGCAGUUGAUGUUAUGAAGGAAUGUCGCUACUCACUGCGUUCACUAGGUAUACUCAACAAUGGUCAUUCUAACAAUCACUAGUGAUUAUAAUGUUUUACAUACUAUGGUUAUAACAGUAGUAUUACUGUUUCCUAUUUUAAAACAAAAUUAUGUUUUAAUUUUAAAUAGUUUGCUAUAUAUUAAAAUAAUAAUACACUUACAGUACAUGUAUUUAUAAAGUAUGAUUUGUAUUUCAGUUUGCCAACUGUUAAGUCAUUUAUAUGAUGUAGUGCAGCAUCGGUUUCGGUAAAAUUUAGUUUGGAAUAUGAAUGUUAUUAUCUGCAAUAUUUUUUAUUGAUUAUGAUGAUAGAUUAUAAUUUAUUUCUUAGUAGCCUAAAUCCCGAGACGAAGCUAUCGUGCUAACAAUUUCUAUCAGAGAAACUAUAUUUUGUACAAGACACAUAAGCUUCAUAUACGUAUGUCGAGUAUUUAUGUAGUAACAAUGAGAGUACUUAUGGAAAGUUGCGCAGAUUAUGUAAAGGUGGUUCGUAUCACAAACGUUAUUCUUAUAACUUCGGCUCAACCUCCGAAUUGUUAUAGUAAUUGUAUAUUAUGGAUUUAUAAAUUUUCAGCUUUUUUAAUGUAAUCAGAUUUACGUCUAGGGGCGACUGUAUAUUAUUAUCAAUAUUUUGUGUAUAUCAGUGGAUGUGAUGUGAGGCGCGCGUUGCCCCCCGCUCGGUCCAGUUAACGAGUCGAGUGGAGACGCUUGCAGUGGAGUAAAGGGCUAGAACCAUUAUCGAAUUUGAAUAGUUGAAUUCGAUCUGAUAUACCGUCAAAUGUGUACUGAUUUUUACUUCUCGUUACAUCUGUUGUGCCGCUGCUGUUUAAGUUUCCAUACAAAAAGAUUAUGCCCUGUUACUAGGAGUGCCGUCCCAAACUUGUAACAAGUUAUGACUCAACAGACAUGUUGUAUUGAUUGUCUUCGAUGAUAUUUAACGUAACGUAAUGAAUUCGAUUUUUCUUUGGCUAAUAUGCCAUCAUUCUGGGGCCUAUCUGCCAGCGUCCCGUACUGAGAGGUCUGCCAGCGUCCCCCACAACGGACGUAACGAGAACUAAAAAUCAGUACACAUUUGAUGUUAUAAAAUAGAUCGAAUUCGAUAAUGGUUCCUGCUACGGGUACUGGACGGCUCCGCGUCGUAGUGCCUUCUGUUGACGCCGCGCCGGCCGCCGGCGGGCCGCGCGCGUCGCCGCACCGAGCGAACACUGGCAGGCUGC